GUGCGAUAUUUAUAGUUAAAAUUCCUAAAUUCUCUCUUAAAUAAGGUUUUUUCACUUGGAUCAUUUUCACUUUACUAAUCUAGAAAGAAAAAGAGAGAGAAGAAGAGUGAUGAAACAGAAAAGCACCUGAAAAACAGGUGAAGAGGAAGAAGAGAUGUACUGUUGUUUUCCUGAAGCAAGUGUUGCUAAAGGAUUUUCAGUACUUCCCUCUAAACAUUUCAGAAAGACGUCUAAGAGCUACCAUUGUGCUGCUAAACUAAAUAAUAUAACUUGGAUAUUCCACGGACCGGCUAAGUUUAUUGCCCAAAGUAACUUCCUACCCUUUCAGAGACUCUCAUUACAUGGGAAGGUUGAACACAACAAUGCAAUAUCAACUCGUUUUACUGAUGAUCACAAAACAAUGCUAACAACUGAAGAAGAUACUAAAGAGGUUGAUAUCAUGGAUUUGGAUCCAGGUAUGAAACCAUAUAAAGGCCACCUUGAAUAUAGAUCAAGGAAAUACAACGAGCAAAAGAUGCUCAUCGAAAAACAUGAAGGGUCGCUCGAGGAAUUUGCACAAGGUUAUCUGAAAUUUGGAUUCAACAGAGAAGAUAACGCUAUUGUGUACCGUGAAUGGGCACCUCCUGCACAGGAAGCACAACUUAUUGGAGACUUCAAUGGGUGGGAUGGUACGAACCACAAAAUGGAGAAGGACCAGUUCGGCGUUUGGACUAUAAAGAUUCCUGAUUCAGGUGGAAAUCCAGCCAUCCAGCAUGGUUCAAAAGUUAAAUUCCGUUUUAAGCAUGGAAAUGGAGUUUGGGUUGAUAGAAUUCCUGCAUGGAUCAAAUAUGCCACUGUAGACCCAGCAAAGUUUGCAGCACCUUACGAUGGUGUCUACUGGGACCCAAAACCUUCAGAUAGGUAUCAAUUUAAGCAUCCUCGCCCUCCAAAGCCCAAGUCCCCACGCAUAUACGAGGCUCAUGUAGGUAUGAGCAGCUCGGAACCCCGCAUAAAUUCAUACAGAGAAUUCGCUGAUGAAGUUUUGCCACGAAUACGGGAAAAUAAUUAUAACACAGUCCAACUGAUGGCUGUGAUGGAGCAUUCGUACUACGGAUGCUUUGGUUAUCAUGUCACAAACUUUUUUGGAGUUAGCAGUAGAUCUGGGACCCCAGAGGACCUCAAGUACUUGAUCGAUAAAGCUCAUAGUUUAGGUUUAUGGGUCUUGAUGGACAUGGUUCACAGCCAUGCAAGCAAUAAUGUCACUGACGGGCUUAAUGGAUUUGAUGUUGGCCAAGGUGCACAAGAAUCUUACUUCCACCCUGGAGAGCGGGGAUACCAUAAGUUGUGGGACAGUCGAUUAUUCAAUUAUGCUAACUGGGAAGUUCUUCGUUUCCUCCUUUCCAAUUUGAGAUGGUGGUUGGAGGAUUUUAUGUUUGAUGGGUUUCGAUUCGACGGAGUAACUUCAAUGUUGUAUCAUGACCAUGGAAUUGACAGGGGAUUCACGGGAAACUAUGAUGAGUAUUUUGGCGAGGCUACAGAUGUGGAUGCUGUUGUUUAUUUGAUGCUUGCCAAUAGCGUGAUCCAUAACAUAUUUCCAGAUGCAAUUGUCAUUGCUGAAGAUGUAUCUGGUAUGCCUGGACUUGGCCGAGCUGUCUCUGAGAGAGGAUUUGGUUUUGAUUAUCGCCUGGCAAUGGCGAUACCUGACAAGUGGAUUGAUUACUUGAAGAACAUGACUGACGAGAAAUGGUCAAUGGAAGAAAUUACCUCAUGUUUGACAAACAGGAGAUACACGGAAAAGUGUAUAUCAUAUGCUGAGAGUCAUGAUCAGUCUAUCGUGGGUGAUAAGACUAUUGCGUUUUCCUUAAUGGACAAAGAAAUGUAUUUCGGCAUGUCUUGUUUGUCAAAGGCUUCUCCUACAGUUGAACGAGGAAUUGCACUUCACAAGAUGAUUCAUUUCAUAACCAUGGCAUUAGGAGGUGACGGCUACCUUAAUUUCAUGGGAAAUGAAUUUGGUCAUCCUGAAUGGAUUGAUUUUCCAAGAGAAGGCAAUGGUUGGAGCUAUGAAAAAUGCAGACGUCAGUGGAACCUUGUUGAUGCAGAUCACUUGAGAUACAAGUUUAUGAAUGAAUUUGACAGAGCCAUGAAUUUGCUGGAUGAUGAAUUUUCAUUCCUUGCAUCGACAAAGCAGAUUGUUAGCUGUGCAAGUGAGAAAGACAAGGUUAUUGUAUUUGAGCGUGGGGAUCUAGUUUUUGUGCUCAAUUUUCAUUCAACAAAUACAUAUAAUGGCUAUAAAGUUGGAUGCGAUUUGCCUGGGAAGUACAGAGUUGUCUUGGAUAGUGAUGCUCGAGAAUUUGGUGGACACGGAAGAGUCGCUCAUGAUGUGCACCACUUCACUUCUCCUGAAGGAAUACCAGGGGUGCCAGAAACAAAUUUCAACAACCGCCCCAAUUCCUUUCAAGUACUAGCACCAGCGCGUACCUGUGUGGUGUACUGCCGGGUUGAAGAAGCAGAGAGUGGUAAUAAAGAAUUAGUAGGCGCUCAUGAGAUACUAGGCGUAGUGGCUCAACAAAAGUCACUUAAAGAAUCAGUUGCUGGCCUAGAAGAUCUUGCUGGUUCAAGGCAGAUGAGAGUUGUUGAGGUCGGAGAUGAUGCAUCAGAGGAUUAGAACAACCAGAAUUAAAUUUAAGUUUAUCAGAAUAAAUAAAUGUAGCUGAAUUAUUGAAAAUUAAACACUGCACAAAUACCAUGUGUUGUGCGCCAGAGGACAAUGCAGUCCUCAACUCCCUGUAUAUAGGCUAGGGUCCUAAUACAUUAAAGUAUGGCAGACUUUGAUUACAGAACUUGUCGUAAUUCUCCAUUAAGUAGGGCGAACUUUUGGCGGUGAUGUGACAAGGUGGAGUGAGUUUUGAUGGCUUCUACCCUGGACUUGAAAUUUCCAUCUGCAGGUCCUUUAUAUUCAUUGAUUCCGUGCAGUACUGCUUGCAAGAUUUGCAGCGGAUCACCGUGGCUAACAACCAUUACCACACAUCUGCAGAUCAUAAGACAUACCAGUUAUGAUGAGAUAUAUAUAUAAAUCAACCCCAAACAGAAAUGCAUGGGAACUGAAGGAUGCAUAAACAGAUGGUAAUUACCCUUGAAGCUCUUUCUCCAUGGUUUCCACGGCAUUUCCAAGUCUUGAAGCAACGUCUGCAGCACUUUCUCCGCCUUCUUCUGGCCGUAAGAAUGGAUUCUUCUCAUCUUGAUCCCAUAUGUUACCGAUCUAUUUGAUGAAACAUGAAAAUAACCAGUUAAUG